AUGGCGACAUCGCUCGUCGUCACCACAAACUCCUUCGUCAUAAGCCAACUUCCUCAGGUGUCGUUUCACCAAUACGAAGCAUUCUCCCCGGAUAUUCCCGUCGCCAGUAAACGGGAAUCGGCCAUCAACAAACUGCAAGUAUUGUACCCGAACAUUUUCCACCCUCGCGGCGUUUUCAAUGGCAAGGAGCACCUCUACAUGCCCUUUGCGCUUCAGCUCCCCUCUGGACGCGGCGCAUUUGAUGUUUAUUUGGGCGAAAAGUCCCCGCCUCCGCCUCCUGGAGGACGAGGCUCCUAUCGUGUUACUAUUUCGAGGACAGGCGCGGAAGCCAUCAGUCCGGGUCAAAUUCCGGCAUUGGUUGCGUCUGGUCCCACAUUUGACCGUGACAAGCUCGCGACCGCGACGACCGUGCUGCAGCUCCUCAUAAGGCAGUCGAUUCAUGAGAAUAAUCCAACUCACACCAAACGCGCCUUCUUUGGCUCAGAGGGGAAGAAAGUUUUAGCAAAGGAUGGAAUCGAGCUAUGGAGAGGCUUUUUCCAUUCUGUCCGAGCGUUGUUGGUCUCGACUAGCAAGGGGAUGAUGGGACAAAUGGUCGUUACCGUCAACACGACGAUGACCGCGAUGUUGUACACCGGUCCAGGGUCAAUCCUUGACUUGGCUAUGACUAUUUUCGAUGCUCGAAACGUGCGCGAGCUAUCCGACAAACGUCUUUUCCAUAAACUCAAGGCGCACUUCCUACGACGACGCAUAACAACUCGGAGAAUGGGCCGUGAUCAGCAAACGAGAUUCGUCUACGAAAUAAUUCCUGGUCCUGUCGGCUCAUACAGCUUCACGAAAGAUGGUCGCACUAUCGAGCUCGCUGAAUACUACUUUUUGACCUACAAUAUCACCUUGCAGUAUCCCAACAGCUUUGGGGUCCAGGUCUCCGGUGAAAACGCGCCUUUCAUCGUGAUCCUCCCCGCCGAGCUCUGCUUUUUGAUACCUGGACAGCUCUACAAGCGACGCAUACCCGUCACAGCUUCUGCAGAAGCGGUCAGGUUUGCGACGCAGAGCUCUGAUGCUCGUUUGCGCGCGAUCAAAGGGAGAGAUAUGUCGGGCGCCCAGUCACCGAUCUUGAGUUACAACCAGUCGCAGUACGUAGUCCAGGCGGGCAUGCGCAUCGACAUGCAGCCCAAGACUAUAGCAGCAAAACAACUUCCGCACCCCAAAAUGAUAUUUGGCCGGGGAAGUUCUUUGUCUCCGAGGGAUGGAUCGUGGAAUGUCUUGGGCAAACAGUUCGAGUCUCCCGCUCGAAUGGAUAAUUGGGCUGUUGUGAAUCUAUUGAAGGAGGACAUUAUCCGGGUUGUUCGUGCACUGAUGGAGGCUUGCCAACAAACUGCAACCCAGGAAUGCGUACAGAGUCUGGUUCCUAUUAACUUUUCCACGUUGAUCUUUGGGAUAGAAAUUACCGCGAAACCUCUUAUUUCCACGGGCAAUCCUCAGAACGUGGAACCAGCGCUUGACGAGGUCUUUUCCCGGCUCCGAGGAAACGUCGACUUGAUUGUGGUUAUUCUGCCCUCGAGUGCUGAUUCGGUCAAGCACCAAAUCAAGUAUUGGGGCAACAUAAGGUAUGGUAUCCCGACGCAAUGUCUCCGUCAAGGAAAGGUCAAAGCCGACUCGCAAUACCUUAAUAAUGUUGCCAUUAAAAUAAACGCGCGACUUGGCGGACGAUACGCUCUUCCUGAAGCAGACGUGCUCAAGGUGUUGCAAUCCAACAACAGUAUUGCACCGAUGAUGGUCAUUGGCGCCGAUGUUUCGCAUCCAGCGCCUGGCGCUCACCAACCAUCAUUUGCCGGGCUCGUCUACUCAACCGACAGAGAAGCUACUCGGUACUCUGCGCUCACUGCUGUCCAGGCUCCACGCGUAGAAGAGAUUCAAGACCUCAAAGCGAUGAUGAAGGCAGCGAUUUUAAAUUUUGGAGCCAACCAAAAUCCGCCCCGGAGCAUUCUGUUCCUGAGGGAUGGUGUCAGCGAAGGUGAAAUGGACCAUGUGUCCCGAACUGAAAUCCGUGCGAUUCAUGACGCUUGCGCCGAAGUCUGGGCCGAAAAGGGAGCCACCGGUCCCCUGCCUAGGAUCACCUUCAUUGUGGUUGUCAAACGGCAUCAUCAGCGCUUUUUCCCGAAUCAACAGCAGGAUGCCGACAAGAAGGGCAAUACGAGAGCUGGUUUGUGUGUCGAAGAGUUCAGAAGUCCCCUUGGCCUCGAUUUCUUCCUUCAAUCGCAUGCCGCGAUUCAGGGCACUCCCCGCCCCGCGCAUUAUACGGUAUUGCGUGAUGAUAUCUUUGGAAGCAACGUGGCAAACAUCCAAACUGUUUGUUUCGAGCUUUGCCAUGUGUAUGCCAAAGCCACACGGAGUGUCUCCACCCCUGCACCUGUCUACUAUGCGGACCUUCUCUGUUCGCAAGCCAAGUACCGCUUCCCGCCUGGCUUCGACUUUGACGCCGAGUCUACGAGCAGCGGCUCGAGCUUUGACCUUAAUCUAUGGAAAUCGCGGUUUGGUGACGUUAGUAGACGAGAAGUCCGCCCGCACGUGUCCUUUAGUCGGACCCUGUGGUUCUUGUGA